AUCACCAGCGCGACGCAUGGUGUCUCGGGUUUGGCCGCGAAGGUCAAUCGUGAUUGCCGGCGAGGCCGCACGCUUCACGACAGGUGUCGCCGCUGCAGAAGCCGGGUGUCCCUUGCGGAGCAGUACACGUCGCUGGUCUGCGAGACCCGCGUGGUGGCCCACGCCCUGGCGCAGAAUGCUGUGCCGGGUCGGCGGUCGGUGUCUGCGGCCGCUGACUGUCCUGCAGCUCCAGGCUGGGCCCCCGCCGCUUGCGCCUUCCCCAGGGAGCGCAUCCUGGCGGCCUGCUCUCCCGGGGUGGGCGAUGGCGUCGGCUUCUGCAGUUGCUCCCGGCGGGGCGGGCGGCUGGUACGAGGCCUUGGCGGAGUCGGCGCCGGUGAGGGGCGCGGAGGAACUGCUGCUCAGCGCACACGCUGCCACGGGCCUGCCCUGGUGGGGCAGCAUCUUGUUCACCACGGUGGCCUUGCGCGGUGCGGUCACGCUGCCCCUGGCCGCCUACCAGCACUACAUCUUGGCCAAGGUGGAAAAUCUGCAGCCAGAAAUAAAAAACAUCGCCAGGCAUGUUAACCAAGAAGUUGCAAUUCGUGCACAUCAAUUGGGGUGGUCCAAAAGAGUUGCCAGGCUCACUUACAUAAGGAAUAUGAGGAGGCUUGUUUCAGAGUUGUACAUUCGGGAUAACUGCCAUCCUUUCAAAGCCACUGUGCUGGUCUGGAUUCAGCUUCCAAUGUGGGUCUUCAUGUCUGUUGCACUUCGGAAUUUUAGCAUAGGGGCAACACAUUCAGAAGCAGGUUUUUCUGUUCAGGAGCAGUUAGCUACUGGUGGGAUCCUGUGGUUUCCUGACCUCACUGCGCUGGAUUCUACUUGGAUUCUACCUGUCUCUGUUGGUGUCAUCAAUUUACUAAUAGUGGAGAUAUUUGCUCUACAGAAAAUCGGAAUGUCUCGUUUCCAGAUGUACACCACACACUUUGUCCGCGGAGUGUCAGUGUUGAUGAUUCCGAUUGCUGCUACCGUGCCUUCAUCGAUUGUUCUCUACUGGUUAUGCUCCAGUUUCAUGGGCCUUUCACAGAACUUGCUGCUGCGUUCUCCUGGAUUCCGCCAGCUAUGCCGAAUACCAUUGACCAAGUCAGAUUCAGACACUCCUUACAAAGACCUCUUCGCUGCCUUUUAUGCCAAAUUCAUUUCAAGAAAAUGACAUUUUUCAGUAAUUUUGAAUCAGUUAUGAUUGUCACCUUAAUGUAUAUAGAUUGAGAAACUUCCAUAUCAUUUAAUUUGCUUUUAUUAUCAACUCCAUGUAGUAUUGUGUGUGAAAAUAUAAUCCAGAUAUAUUUGAAAAUAAUUUUAAAAAUUUCAAGUGAUAGAAAUGUCGUCUGCUUAAUUGCAAGAGUAUAAAAUUGGAACCAAAUUGUCCCUGUUCAUAAAAUUAUAACUUGUUAGUGAUGCUAGAAUUUUGGAGAACAGGGGGACCAGCAGGUAGCAUAGUGGUUAAGGCGCUGGACACUCCCACAUGUCCAACCGUGGUUCGAGUCCCAGACCUGGUGGCU